CUUUGGUGGGUCAGCCGUCACUAUGGCGUUGCUCAUUAACUUGUCGACCAACUGGUGCAAUCUACUUAACAAAUGGGAACAAGUAGAGGGGUACUUCGGCCACCAAAAGAAUUUGAAGUUGAAAUUCACUCUCAUAUCCAUUUUGUGUAUCAUUUUUUCGAUGGUGGAACAUUUGAGCUACUUGUUGACAGGUAUCAUAACGACGGAACGGGAGAAUUCUCACGAAGUAUUCGAAAUUUACGUGUUGAAAAUGUUCCCACAAGUAUUCACUGUAAUUACAUACAACACGUGGAUAGCAGUAUUGGUGUUAGUAAUCAAUUCCGUGUCGACUCUCACCCUCUGUUUCUCGGAUCAGAUCAUCAUCAUGGGCAGUUUAGCGCUGGGAAAUUACUUUCAGAUAUUCAAUGACCGCAUGAAAACACACAAAGGCAAGACAUUGACGCCAGACCAGUGGAAGACAUUGAGAGUGGACUACACGCGACUGUGCAAUUUGACCAGACUGUUGAACGACUGCUUGUGUCAUUUGCUGUGCGUGUCUUUGAUAAUACAUCUGUACAUCAUAUGCGUAGAACUGCACCAGGGCGUCGUGUAAGGAUGUUUUUUUUUUUUUAUAUUUUAGUGUUUAGUUAAUACGCGCAUAUUAUUUAUAAAGAUAUUUAAGGAAGUUAUAAACGGACUGUUUUCAUUCCGACGAUAUUGCAGAUCGAUCAAAUAAUUGCACAACAAGGAAUUCGAGAACAGGUUUAAAUUCGUGCGUUUCGCCAGCUCCUAAGUAUUUUUAUAAAUUGUAAUAAUGUACAGGUUUAUAACUUAUUAGUUAUUAUAUACAAAUUAAAAUAUCAUAAAAUAACCAACGUAGGGACACAGGUAUGAUAAUAGGUGAAUUCAAUCUAAUAUUAAAAGUAAUAACACAUGGUUAGGUCUGCUAAAUGUAAAUUUGCCAUGUUGCGCGUGGGUCAGCGAGACAAAACAAAUGGUGCGCUGACAUCCUCAUCUGACAUUCCGAUAUAAUUUGAAUGUUUGAUUACUGGUUACCUAUGUAUAGCCAUUUAUAGGUACAUAUUUGUGAUACACUAAAUAAUAGUAUAUAUAUUAUAGUUUAUCAUACCUUUAUAAUCGCGUAAUCAAAUAAAUUCUAUCACUACCCAUUUUUAUUUAUAAAAAUAUUUAUAUUAAAAAUUAUUGGUUUUAAACAAAAAAGUUCAAAUAGGAAACAAUUUAAUACAUAUUCAAAAAUACAAAUACUAUAAAUUACAAGAGUGUUCACGCUUUUAUUAUUUCUACAUAUUAUAAUUAAAUCAUCAUUAUUACAAUAUCUAUAAUAUAAAAAUUGAAAAAAAACUAAAAUAAAACUGACCAAACACCUAUCUCAUUUUAUAAUUAAUAGGUUUUCGAUAUCAUUAAAAAAAAAAAAAAAUAUUAA